UGGAGGUUGAUCUCUAAUUCCCAAAUCAUAUUAGCGUUAGGCCCACACUAAGCGACACAAAAUAUCGCGAAGCCUCGAAGUACGGACGACACAACCCAGACGACAAACAGCCGCCCUCGACCGUGUCUGUCGCCAAAUUCCCCACCACCUGUUGCUUUUUUGACCGGUUACGCACAAACUUCAUAAUCCAACACCAUGUCGAAAAGAGGUCGUGGUGGUGCCGCCGGCAACAAGCUAAAGAUGACUCUCGGUCUGCCAGUCGGCGCCGUGAUGAACUGCUGCGAUAACUCCGGUGCGCGAAACAUCUACGUCAUCUCUGUCAAGGGCAUUGGAGCCCGUCUCAACCGUCUCCCCGCCGCGGGUGUUGGCGACAUGGUCAUGGCUACCGUCAAGAAGGGUAAGCCCGAGCUGAGGAAGAAAGUCAUGCCUGCUGUUGUUGUAAGACAGAGCAAGCCGUGGCGACGGGCGGAUGGCAUUUAUCUGUACUUUGAGGAUAAUGCUGGUGUGAUCGUCAACGCAAAGGGUGAAAUGAAGGGCUCAGCCAUCACCGGUCCCAUAGGAAAGGAAGCUACAGACCUGUGGCCGCGUAUCGCAGCCAACUCCGGUGUCGUGGUGUAGAAUGGUUGAGGGGAUGUGGUAAUUUAGAAAAUGAAAGCAAAUCUUUCUACCUACAAGGCGUUUUUUAUGCGAUACGCAAAACUUGUUUAACCAAAUGUCAUCAUUUUCUUUUGUCCUUCCGCUUUCCCACUUUCUUGGUGUUUUUCCCCCUACUGAACAUUUUCUUUUCUUUCCUCCAUAUCUCCCCUCCCGCUUUUCCAUGUGUGCACGUAGUGUAUGUCCCACCCACCCGUACCGUCCGAUACAAUCCCUCCGUAGGAGAAAUCGAACAAGCAGAGCCAGUCAAUGAAACGACGAUAACACAAUGAAGACGAAUUCUUAGAUAGGAAUACCCUGGUGCGAGAAAGUAUAUGAAAGAGUUAUAGGAGAAAUGAAGAAAAGAACAGCAGUAACAACUAGAGCAACGCGGGAUCUUUGAGAAAUGAUCCCUUUGAAACCCAUCCGAGAGAACUCAGAGAGAUUGUGUAGCCCGCAUUUGCCUCCUAGAUUGCGAUAUAUUCUGUUUAUUUCGACCCGUAGACAAAGCCACAGAUAUUGUUCGUUUAUAUGAUCCGCUUUACAGCACAAGCCAGAUUAGAUGUAAUAUUAUUAGCAAGAGAUAAUUUCACAGAGGGUAAUACCCUGUAUACUUCCAUACUCCUAAAACGCAUAGGUGAAUAAAAGCAAG